CCCGUGGCAGCCGUCCACCUUCCCAGGCGUUUCGUAACCGAGUAAACUGAGAGCUGGGAACAGCCCUCUAUUAAGUAGCCCGCGGCGCGGAGCCUCUUCCCACUCGACGAAGGCGAGCCGCCCAGUUGCGUCCGCGCGCCGGCAGCUGCGGUCCCGGCCCUCUCCUCCGUCCCGCCGCUCCAGCCGCUCUUCCCGGGAUCCUCCUCCUCCUCCUCCUCCUCAGGGUGGCCCGGCUGCUGCUCAAGUCCCAGCAGCUGCCAGGUGCUCGAGGACCCCGCGCCAGUUGUCGGGGCGCGCGGGGGUCGCACCGAGCUCAGUGGGCUCCGACGUCGCAGAGCCGCCGCCGCCUGGAUCGUAGCCUAGCAGAUCCCUUCAUGUGGCUGUGACUUCGCUGGCCCAGGCCAAACAUGAGGACCAGGCUUCCCACAGCGCUUGCCAUCCUGGGCGGGGCCCUGCUCCUGUCCUUCACUAAGGCAGAAGUUGACCCACCUUCAGACUUGAAUUUUAAAAUUAUAGAUGAAAAUACUGUUCACAUGUCAUGGGCGAGACCAACUGAUCCAAUCGUGGGCUACAGAAUAACAGUGGACCCUACAACAGAUGGGCCCACUAAAGAAUUCACCCUGGCAGCUAGUACCACUGAAACUUUACUGUCAGACCUUAUACCUGAAAUAGAGUAUGUGGUGACAAUCACUUCAUAUGACGAAGUAGAAGAAAGUGUACCAGUUAUAGGCCAACUCACAAUUCAAACAGGUGGUCCGACGAAGCCAGGGGAGAAGAAACCUGGAAAAACAGAGGCACAAAAAUGCUCUGUCAGUGCCUGGACUGAUUUAGUGUUCCUUGUGGAUGGCUCAUGGAGUGUGGGAAGAAAUAAUUUCAAGUACAUUUUAGACUUUAUUGUGGCUCUUGUGUCUGCUUUUGACAUUGGGGAAGAGAAGACAAGGGUUGGAGUCAUUCAGUACAGCUCUGAUACCAGGACGGAAUUUAACUUAAACCAGUACUACCAAAGGGAUGAGCUUCUUGCUGCAAUUAAAAAAAUCCCAUACAAAGGUGGCAACACAAUGACAGGGGAUGCCAUUGAUUACUUAAUUAAAAAUACUUUCACGGAAUCUGCCGGAGCAAGAACUGGCUUUCCUAAAGUGGCAAUUAUUAUUACGGACGGCAAAUCCCAGGAUGAAGUGGAGGUUCCGGCGAGAGAGCUUCGCAGUAUUGGUGUUGAAAUUUUCUCUUUGGGCAUUAAAGCUGCAGAUGCAAAAGAACUCAAACAGAUUGCCUCCACACCUUCACUAAACCAUGUUUUCAACGUGGCCAACUUUGAUGCUAUUGUGGAUAUUCAGAACGAGAUCAUCUCCCAGGUGUGCUCAGGUGUGGAUGAGCAACUCGGUGAAUUGGUUAGUGGAGAGGAAGUUAUUGAACCUCCCUCAGAUUUGGUUGCAACAGAAGUUUCAUCAAAAUACAUUAAGCUAAGUUGGACCCCAUCUCCUAGCCAAGUGACUGGAUAUAAAGUCCUCCUCAUACCCAUGACCACUGGAAGCCGCCAGCAUGCUCUGAGUGUAGGGCCUCAGACGACCAUGCUUAGUGUUCGUGACCUCUCAGCAGACACAGAAUACCAGAUCAGUGUUUCUGCCAUGAAGGGACUGACAUCCAGUGAACCCGUUUCAAUCAUGGAGAAGACUCAGCCAAUGAAAGUUCAAGUGGAAUGUUCACGUGGUGUGGAUAUAAAAGCCGAUAUUGUGUUUUUAGUUGAUGGUUCGUAUAGCAUCGGGAUUGCCAACUUUGUUAAAGUGAGAGCCUUUUUGGAAGUUCUCGUAAAAAGUUUUGAGAUUUCACCAAAUAGAGUACAGAUAAGUCUUGUCCAGUACAGCCGGGAUCCGCAUACUGAGUUCACUUUGGAAAGAUUCACCAAAGUUGAAGAUAUAAUUGAAGCAAUAAACACCUUCCCCUACAGAGGAGGAUCUACAAACACUGGGAAAGCAAUGACUUAUGUCAGAGAGAAGAUAUUUUUGCCUAGCAAGGGUUCAAGAAGCAAUGUACCAAAGGUCAUGAUCCUUAUUACUGAUGGCAAAUCUUCAGAUGCUUUUAGAGAUCCUGCUGUAAAACUAAGGAAUUCAGAUGUUGAAAUCUUUGCAGUUGGUGUGAAAGAUGCCGUUCGCUCAGAAUUAGAAGCUAUUGCCUCUCCUCCUGCCGAGACCCAUGUGUUCACAGUGGAAGAUUUUGAUGCUUUUCAGAGGAUAUCUUUUGAACUCACACAGUCUAUCUGUCUUAGAAUUGAGCAAGAAUUGGCAGCUAUAAAGAAAAAAGCUUAUGUACCUCCAAAGGAUCUUAGCUUUUCUAAGGUGACUUCUUACAGUUUUAAAACUAACUGGUCACCCGCUGGAGAAAAUGUUUUUUCCUACCACAUCACCUACAAAGAAGCCACCGGGGAUGACGAGGUCACAGUGGUGGAGCCAGCAUCAAGCACCAGCGUCGUCCUCAACAACCUGAAGCCGGAGACCCUGUACUUGGUCAACGUGACUGCGGAGUAUGAAGAUGGCUUCAGCAUUCCCCUAACUGGAGAGGAGAGCACCGAAGAAGUGAAAGGAGCGCCUCGAAACCUAAAAGUGACAGAUGAGACUACAGACAGCUUUAAAAUUACCUGGACUCAAGCUCCAGGGAGAGUUUUAAGGUACCGAAUUAUAUAUAGACCAGUUGCUGGUGGAGAAAGCAAAGAAGUUACCACUCCAGCCAACCAAAGGAGAAGAACCUUGGAGAACCUGACUCCAGACACAAAAUAUGAAGUCUCUGUAAUUCCUGAAUAUUUCUCAGGACCUGGUUCUCCACUGACUGGAAAUGCAGCCACUGAAGAAGUUAGAGGGAACCCAAGAGACUUAAGAGUUUCUGACCCUACCACAUCAACUAUGAAAUUAUCUUGGAGUGCGGCACCAGGAAAAGUGAAACAGUAUCUCGUCACGUACACCCCAGUGGCAGGAGGUGAAACUCAAGAGGUCACUGUGAAGGGAGACACAACCAAUGCCGUGCUGAGACGACUGAAUGAAGGGACACGAUACACCUUGUCUGUGACGGCCUUGUAUGCAUCUGGGGCUGGAGAUGCCCUUUUGGGAGAAGGAAUGACACUUGAAGAACGCGGUUCACCUCGGGAUUUGAUCACCAAGGACAUCACUGACACAUCCAUUGGGGCUUAUUGGACAUCCGCUCCAGGAAUGGUUCGCGGUUACAGGGUCUCAUGGAAAUCACUUUAUGAUGAUGUUGAAGCUGGAGAGAAAAGGGUUCCUGAAGAUGCAAUUCAUACUGUGAUAGAAAAUCUGCAGCCAGAGACCAAAUACAAACUUUCGGUAUUUGCAGUUUACAGCAGUGGAGAAGGAGAACCUUUGAAUGGAGAAGCCACAACUGAAUUAUCCCAAGAUUCGAAAACCUUGAAAGUGGAUGAAGAAACAGAAAACACAAUGAGAGUUACCUGGAAACCAGCACCUGGGAAAGUUGUCAACUACCGUGUUGUGUAUCGCCCCCGUGGGGGAGGAAGACAGAUGGUUGCCAAAGUGCCACCCACAGUCACCUCGACAGUGUUAAAGAGACUUAAACCCCAGACCACAUAUGACAUCACAGUUCUCCCGAUUUACAAGACAGGAGAAGGGAAGCUUAGGCAAGGAUCAGGAACGACAGCUUCUCGAUUUAAGUCACCCAGAAACCUCAGAACCUCUGACUCAACCAUGUCUAGCUUCCGAGUGACUUGGGAGCCUGCGCCUGGGGAGGUGAAAGGUUACAAAGUCACGUUCCACCCUACAGGGGAAGAAAGAACACUGGGGGAGUUAGUGGUUGGACCGUAUGACAACACAGUGGUUUUGGAGGAACUUAGGGCAGGUACCACCUACAAAGUAAAUGUUUUUGGAAUGUUUGAUGGAGGAGAAAGUUCACCACUUGUUGGACAAGAAAUGACAACCCUCUCUGACACAACUGUAAUGCCAAUUUUAUCCUCUGGGAUGGAGUGUCUCACCAGAGCUGAGGCAGACAUUGUGUUACUGGUGGAUGGAUCAUGGAGCAUCGGCCGGGCAAAUUUUAGAACUGUGAGGAGUUUCAUUUCUCGCAUUGUGGAGGUCUUUGAUAUUGGCCCCAAAAGAGUACAAAUUGCCCUUGCCCAGUAUAGUGGGGACCCCAGAACAGAGUGGCAGUUAAAUGCGCACAGAGACAAGAAGAGUUUGUUGCAAGCGGUGGCAAACUUACCUUACAAAGGUGGCAAUACUCUCACAGGCAUGGCUUUGAAUUUCAUUCGCCAGCAGAGCUUCAAAACCCAAGCUGGAAUGAGGCCUAGAGCUCGAAAAAUUGGUGUUCUCAUCACUGAUGGAAAGUCACAGGAUGAUGUUGAGGCACCUUCGAAGAAACUCAAGGACGAGGGCGUGGAGCUGUUUGCUGUUGGUAUUAAAAAUGCUGAUGAGUCUGAGUUAAAGAUGAUUGCAUCAGAUCCCGAUGAUGUCCACUCAUACAACGUGGCAGAUUUUGACUCACUCUCUAGAAUUGUGGAUGACCUCACCAUUAACUUGUGUAACAGUGUCAAGGGUCCAGGUGACUUGGCAGCGCCUUCUAACCUAGUUAUUUCUGAGCGAACUCAUCGUUCUUUUAGAGUAAGCUGGACACCUCCUACUGACAGUGUGGAUAGAUAUAAGGUGGAAUACUACCCAGUUUCUGGAGGCAAACGCCAAGAAUUUUAUGUGAGCCGUCUGGAAAGUAGCACAGUGCUGAAAGAUCUGAAGCCUGAAACUCAGUAUGUUGUGAAUGUGUAUUCUGUGGUAGAAGAUGAAUAUAGUGAGCCUCUGAAGGGCACCGAGAAAACCCUGCCUGUUCCAGUUGUCAGCCUGAAUAUUUAUGACGUUGGCACUACCACCAUGAAGGUGCAGUGGCAGCCAGUGGGAGGGGCUACCGGCUACACUUUGUCCUAUGAACCCAUCAAUGCCACAGAACCGACAAAAGCCAAAGAGAUGCGUGUGGGACCAGCAGUGAACGAUGUGCAGCUGACUGGCCUCUUUCCCAACACUGAGUACGUGGUCACAGUCCAGGCAGCCCUGCAUGACCUCACCAGUGAACCUGUCACUGCUCGGGAAGUCACCCUGCCUCUGCCCAAACCUCAAGACCUGAAACUCAGAGAUGUGACCCACAGCACCAUCGAUGUCUCUUGGGAACCCAGUCCUGGAGCAGUGCGUAAAUAUAUUGUUCGCUACAAAACUCCAGAAGAGGAUACCAAAGAGGUAGAGGUAGACAGGUCACAGACCAGCAUCCCUCUCAAAGAACUCACCUCACAGACCCUGUACACAGUCAGCGUCUCUGCCGUGUAUGACGAGGGGGAGUCUCCCCCAGUGACUGCUCAAGAAAAGACCCGCACAGUGCCAGCCCCAACAAACCUAAAGCUUACGGAUGUGACGACAGAGAGUUUCAGAGGGACGUGGGACCACGCAGCUUCAGAUGUGUCUCUCUAUAGAGUCACCUGGGCACCUUUUGGAACCUCAGAUAAGAUGGAGACCAUCUUAAAUGGAGAUGAAAACACUUUAUUGUUUGAAAACCUGAACCCUAACACUCUCUAUGAAGUUUCUGUUACCGCCAUCUAUCCCGAUGAGUCAGAAAGUGAUGACUUGAGUGGCAGCGAGCGCACACUGCGUUUGAUACCUGCAACAACACCAGCUCCAAAAAGUGGCCCCCGAAACCUUCAGGUGUACAAUGCAACAUCCAACAGCUUGACCGUUAAGUGGGAUCCUGCUAGUGGUCGUGUGCAGAAAUACAGAAUCACUUACCAGCCUUCGACAGGCGAAGGCAAUGAACAAACGAUCACAAUAGGAGGGCGACAGAACAGUGUGCUCCUGCAGAAACUGAAGCCUGACACUCCUUACACAAUCACUGUGUCCUCCCUGUACGCUGACGGGGAAGGAGGCCGGAUGACGGGAAGAGGCAAGACGAAGCCCCUGAAUACUGUGCGGAACCUAAGAGUGUACGACCCUUCCACCAGCACCUUGAGUGUUCGCUGGGACCAUGCAGAGGGAAAUCCUCGCCAGUACAAGCUUUUCUAUGCACCAACGGCAGGGGGUCCAGAGGAACUGGUACCAAUCCCUGGGAAUACCAAUUAUGCUAUUCUGAGGAACCUGCAGCCGGAUACCCCUUACACUGUUACGGUUGUCCCCGUUUACACUGAGGGGGACGGAGGGCGCACCUCGGACACUGGAAGGACGUUGGUGAGAGGAUUGGCAAGAGACAUCCAAGUGUACAAUCCUUCGCCCAACAGCCUAGAUGUUCGCUGGGACCCCGCCCCUGGGCCUGUGCAGCAGUACCGCAUUGUGUAUUCUCCUGUGGAUGGCACGAGGCCCUCGGAAUCUGUUGUGGUGCCAGGAAACACCCGCACGGUGCACCUGGAGCGGCUGAUUCCGGACACACCCUACUCCGUGAACAUCGUGGCUCUCUACUCAGACGGGGAGGGGAAUCCCAGCCCCGCCCAGGGCCGAACACUACCACGAAGUGGAGCAAGAAAUCUGAGAGUCUUUGGGGAGACAACCAAUAGCCUCUCUGUGGCCUGGGAUCAUGCUGACGGGCCAGUUCAGCAAUAUAGGAUCGUUUAUUCUCCCACUGUUGGUGAUCCAAUUGAUGAAUAUACCACAGUCCCAGGCAGAAGGAACAAUGUGAUACUGCAGCCCCUGCAAGCCGAUACUCCAUAUAAAAUUACUGUUAUUCCUAUUUAUGAAGACGGAGAUGGCAGCCAUCUAACGGGAACUGGAAGAACUGUGGGACUACUUCCACCUCAGAACAUACAUAUCUCUGAUGAAUGGUAUACAAGAUUCAGGGUAUCCUGGGAUCCUUCACCCUCUCCAGUUCUUGGAUAUAAAAUUGGGUACAAGCCAGUGGGUUCCAGUGAGCCCAUGGAAGUCUUUGUGGGGGAGGUGACCUCAUACACAUUACACAACCUCAAUCCCAGCACCACCUAUGACGUCAGUGUCUACGCUCAGUAUGAUUCUGGACUCAGUGUCCCCCUGGCAGACCAAGGCACUACAUUGUAUUUAAAUGUGACAGAUCUGAAAACUUACCAGGUUGGGUGGGAUACAUUCUGUGUCAGAUGGUCACCUCACCGGGCAGCCACCUCCUACAGGCUGAAGCUGAGCCCUGCAGAUGGAACCAGAGGGCAGGAAAUCACAGUGCGUGGAUCGGAAACCAGUCACUGCUUCACUGGCCUUUCACCAGACACCGAUUAUGGUGUCACUGUUUUUGUGCAGACACCAAACCUUGAGGGUCCUGGCGUGUCUGUCAAAGAACAUACCACCUUAAAACCAACAGAAGCUCCUACAGAACCACCCACACCUCCUCCUCCUCCCACAAUUCCACCUGCUCGAGAUGUAUGCAAAGGGGCCAAGGCAGAUAUUGUAUUCUUGACUGAUGCCUCCUGGAGUAUCGGGGAUGAUAAUUUUAACAAAGUUGUCAAGUUCAUCUUCAAUACUGUGGGAGCCUUUGAUGAAGUCAAUCCUGCUGGAAUUCAGGUCUCAUUUGUGCAGUACAGUGAUGAAGUCAAGUCUGAGUUCAAGCUGAACACAUACGACGACAAGGCCCUAGCCCUCGGGGCCCUCCAGAACAUUAGGUACAGAGGAGGAAACACAAGAACAGGUAAGGCUCUCACAUUUAUCAAGGAAAAAGUCUUGACCUGGGAGAGUGGAAUGAGGAAGAAUGUCCCCAAAGUGCUCGUUGUGGUCACAGAUGGUCGGUCACAGGACGAGGUCAAGAAAGCAGCUUUCGUCAUACAGCAGUCAGGGUUCAGCGUUUUUGUGGUUGGUGUGGCCGAUGUCGAGUACAAUGAGCUUGCCAACAUUGCCAGCAAACCAAGUGAACGGCACGUGUUCAUUGUGGAUGACUUCGAGUCCUUUGAGAAGAUAGAAGACAAUCUCAUUACAUUUGUCUGUGAAACUGCCACCUCUAGUUGUCCUCUCAUUUAUUUGGAUGGCUACACCUCACCAGGUUUUAAGAUGCUUGAAGCCUACAAUUUGACAGAAAAGACUUUUGCUUCCGUACAAGGGGUCUCUUUAGAGUCGGGGUCUUUCCCCAGCUACUCCUCUUACAGGCUGCAGAAGAACGCCUUUGUGAAUCAGCCUACCGCAGAACUACACCCAAAUGGACUCCCUCCUUCAUACACAAUUAUAUUAUUGUUCAGACUUCUCCCAGAAACUCCCAAUGACCCUUUUGCAAUUUGGCAAAUCACAGAUAGAGACUACAAACCACAAGUUGGGGUGAUUGCAGAUCCUUCUAGCAAGACAUUAUCAUUCUUCAACAAGGAUACAAGAGGUGAAGUACAGACUGUUACGUUUGACACAGAAGAAGUGAAGACAUUAUUUUAUGGAAGUUUUCAUAAGGUUCAUAUUGUAGUGACCUCAAAAAGUGUUAAGAUUUACGUCGACUGCUAUGAAAUUAUAGAAAAAGACAUCAAGGAAGCUGGAAAUAUCACAACUGAUGGUUAUGAAAUCCUUGGAAAACUACUUAAAGGGGAGAGGAAAUCAGCCACAUUCCAAAUCCAGAAUUUCGAUAUUGUCUGCAGUCCGGUGUGGACCAGUAGAGACAGAUGCUGUGACAUUCCCUCUAAGAGAGAUGAAGCAAAAUGCCCGGCAUUUCCAAAUGCCUGUACAUGUACUCAGGACAGCGUUGGACCUCCGGGACCACCAGGCCCUGCUGGAGGACCUGGCGCUAAAGGUCCCAGAGGUGAAAGAGGCAUCAAUGGGGCAAUUGGGCCCCCUGGCCCUCGUGGAGAUGCAGGUCCUCCUGGCCCCCAGGGUCCUCCCGGCCCCCAGGGACCGAAUGGACUCUCUAUCCCAGGAGAGCAAGGUCGCCAAGGGAUGAAGGGUGAGGCCGGAGAGCCAGGACUUCCAGGCCGAGCAGGAACCCCAGGACUACCUGGCCCACCAGGACCAAUGGGACCUCCAGGAGAUCGAGGCUUUACUGGAAAAGAUGGUGCAAUGGGACCCAGGGGUCCACCUGGGCCACCGGGAACCCCAGGCUCCCCGGGAGCCACAGGACCGAGUGGGAAACCCGGAAAGCCCGGAGACCAUGGCAGACCAGGUCCAUCUGGAUUGAAAGGAGAGAAAGGUGAUAGAGGAGACAUUGCUUCUCAGAACAUGAUGCGGGCAGUUGCAAGACAAGUCUGUGAACAAUUGAUAAGUGGUCAGAUGAACAGAUUCAAUCAGAUGCUGAAUCAGAUUCCAAAUGACUACCACUCCAAUCGUAACCAGCCGGGCCCACCUGGUCCCCCAGGUCCCCCAGGCAGCGCAGGAACCAGAGGAGAGCCAGGACCUGGGGGGCGACCGGGCUUCCCGGGCACACCGGGCAUGCAGGGACCCCCAGGGGAACGAGGUUUGCCCGGAGAGAAAGGCGAAAGGGGUAUUGGGUCUCCAGGGGCUCGCGGGCCACCUGGCCCCCCAGGUCCACAAGGAGAAUCCAGAACGGGUCCGCCAGGGUCCACAGGUUCCCGAGGUCCCCCAGGACCCCCUGGUCGUCCUGGAAACUCAGGUAUCCGAGGGCCCCCAGGUCCUCCUGGGUACUGUGACUCAUCCCAGUGUGCCAGCAUCCCAUACAACGGGCAAGGCUAUCCAGGUUCCGGCUAACAAAUUUUCUAAGUCGCCAGUGCUGCUUACAGUUUGAAUACAUGAAAAUCCUGUUUCUGAGAUGUUUGCGCACAUGCUUAUUAGGAAAUGAGUCUGUAUGGAAAUCUCACCACAGAUGUGGUGAACGAACCAGGUCAACAUCACAAAGGAGGGUGGAGACUCUUUAUACUAACUUGAAUGAGACGAAAGCAGUGGUGUUAGUUUAUAAGCCUGAUGCAUUUCAGCAAUAAUGCAGAAAAAUCUUAUUUUUAAAAAAAGCUCAAACACACAGCCAUAAGGAGCCUGAGAAGAGAAAGAGGCUCAUAAUAAAACUACUAACCAGUGGAGAUCAUGCCAUGUGGAGAAAAACAAUUAACCUGGUUACAGAGACAUGUCUUAUGUAAAUAAUAAACUAAUUGUGGCUUGUAAAUGAUGUGUAUGUGAUCCUGUCUGCUAAAAUCACGUAACAAUUCUACAGUAAGCUUCUGCAUCAAAGCCUGCUGCUUGCUCUAUGCCAGAAUAACACCGAAUGGAAUUGCCUCAUUUCUUGCUUGUUAGCAAUGUGUCUGGUUCAGGGCAUGUCUCAUUAUUACUCUUUUUUGUACAUGUACUCUCAUUUGGGUUUUGUAGCUGCAACUUUCAAACCAAAGUUCUAUAGUCACUUUUUUUUCCUUCCUGUUUCGCUGUAGUCACUGGUGUUCCUCACCCACCAGCUGUAACUCAGUCUGUGGGAGAGACAGCCACAGACAAUGUCAUGUACUGUAUAUUACCUGGUGAUAGUUGAUUCGCACCUCUAGAGUUCAGUUUCUAGGAGCCAACAAUACUUCCCUUCACCUCCUCAUCUUUCCAUACUGUUCUGUGUUGAGGAGUUUGACGUCAUGAAUAGGUACUUGGGGAUUUGUGAAAAUCCCACCUGGGUUCUGUGUUUACAGUUCUUUGGCCCAGUCUCUGACCCUUCCCAGGUAUUUGUGCAAUGAUUGUAUUUACUGCUGGAUCGUUGAAGGUUAAAAAAACAAGUGCCAUUACUUCAUUUGAGCAUCACCAAAUUCUCUAUGCAAAUGGAAGUAAUCAGAACAUUGUAAUUUAUAUAUUUAUAGUUAUGAGAUUGAGACUGGAGUGCCAUCACCUCAGGUGAUAGUUUAGCUUUUGCUGUGUCUGUACCUUCCAAAUCAUGCCAUAACUGUAAUGUUGAAUCGGACAGAGCCAUACGUGCCCGAGGGCGGGGCCUACCUGCCUGAGCGCGAGCCCUUCAUCGUGCCGGUGGAGCCUGAGCGGACUGACGAGUACGAGGACUA